UAAAACAAUGGCGAGCAGUGGCAGCGGACAACAGCUGCCGCCGUUCAACCCUUACCGGCAUCUGAAGACCCUCCGCGGCCACGAGAACGCCGUCUCCUGCGUCAAAUUCUCCAACGACGGCACCCUCCUCGCCUCCGCGUCCUUAGACAAGACCGUCAUCCUCUGGGACGCGCGCACCCUCUCCCUCCUGCGCCGCCUCGUGGGCCACUCCGAGGGCAUUUCCGACCUUUCCUGGUCCUCCGACUCCCACUACAUCUGCUCCGCCUCCGACGACCGCACCCUCCGCAUCUGGGACGCACGCUCCCCCGCCGGCGAGUGCGUCAAGACCCUCCGCGGCCACUCCGACCGCGUCUUCUGCGCCAACUUCAACCCCCAGUCCAACCUCAUCGUCUCCGGCUCCUUCGACGAGACCGUCCGGAUUUGGGAGGUCAAGACCGGUAAGCCCGUCCACGUCAUCAGGGCCCACUCGCUUCCGGUCACCUCCGUGGGGUUCAACCGCGACGGGUCGCUCGUCGUCUCCGCCAGCCACGACGGGUCUUGUAAGAUUUGGGACACCAAAAAAGGGGAGAGCCUGAGAACAGUAAUUGACGAUAAAGCCCCUGCUGUGUCUUUUGCCAAGUUCUCCCCUAACGGAAAAUUCGUACUCGUUGCCACUCUUGAUAAUACCCUGAAGCUUUGCAACUACUCGACGGGGAAGUUCUUGAAGGUCUAUACGGGGCAUUUGAACAAACAGUACUGCGUGACAUCAACAUUUUCUGUGACAAAUGGGAAGUUUAUUGUUAGUGGUUCCGAGGAUCACUGUGUGUACUUGUGGGAUCUUCAGGGGAAAACUCCUAUUCAGAAAUUGGAAGGCCAUACGGAUACCGUAGUAUCUGUUUCCUGUCAUCCAUUGGAGAACAAGAUUGCCUCUGCAGGUCUCCAAAAUGAUAGGACUGUCCGGGUUUGGGUUCAAGAUAAUCCCAAUUCCGCUCCGAAAUGAGAACACUCACUGGAUUUUGGGUUUGAUAUAGGCAAUAACAUGAAGCUUUCAAAUGCUAUAGUCAGACAAUAUUUUAUCUGUUGUACUUUGUAACGAGUUAUUUUAGAGCUGUAAACAUUGACUUUGAAUCUAAAGUUCCAAAUUUUUUUUUUCCU